GAAAGCGGGGGGGUUUCUUUUCGGUGCGGCGCUCGUGGAUUAUUGAUCGUAGAGUUCUAGUAGGGGCGGGUGUUUAUUGUUUUGUGAUCGAUGCUCGGGGUCUGAGUGAAAGAUGGCAGAAACAGAAGUAAAUCCAGUGUUUUUGCAGCAACUGAUGGAGCUGGGCAUCUCUGAAGAUAAAGCCAAGGAGGCUCUGAUUAAAACUGGGAAUCAGUCCAGUGAUUCUGCUGCUCUGUUUUACUUCAGUGAACUUGAAAUGUUUUCUGGAUAUGAGGUUGGUGGAUCAGAGAGUGAUGUAUAUAAGAUGGUGUUUGUUGUGAACAUGGAAUUGAGCAUGGGAAUUGGAAAGGUUGCAGCACAGGUGGCCCAUGCUGCUGUGGGUCUAUAUCAGGUGAUGUUGGAGGAGUCAGGCAACUUGCGACAGAUGUUAACAACAUGGGACAAUGAUGGAGGUAAGAAGAUAGUAUUGAAGGGGCACAGCACUGAACACAUCUUAGAGCUUCAAGCACAGGCUUGUCAACUGAAGCUGCCAAACUUUCUUGUACAGGAUGCUGGAAGAACCCAGAUUGCUGCUGGAUCACGCACAAUCUUGGCAAUCAUGGGUGAGGAGAAUCUGGUCAAUCAGGUUACUGGAAGUCUUCAGCUCUUGUGACACAAACUAAUAUUGGCAUCUACACAGGAAUUGACUGUUUGAGGCAGUAAUAAAUGAAAAUAACUAGGAUAUGGACUGGAAACCUACUUGGUAAAUGGAUAUGCCACAUUCAUGCUGUUACACAAUUGUAUUACUGCUGUAUUUGCUUCAAAGUUUGAAGGUUAAAGUGCUACCUUCCAAACCA